UCUCUCUCUCUCUCUCUCUCUCUCUCUCGUCUGAAGAAAGUUUCAAUUGGUUCUAGUAGAUCGUCUUAACACAAAUUCGCAAUGUCGGUCUCGGAGGAUAAUGCAGAAAGGAAAAAAGGGUCGGUCCCUGAAUCCAUCAUGACAUCAAACUGGACAAUCAAUGUAUCCGAGAUAAAGACGAUCAAGGUCAGCAACAUUUCUCCGAAUGUCACGGACCGAGACAUUAGAGAGUUUUUUUCUUUCUCGGGCGACAUCCAAUACGUCGAGAUGCGAAGAGAAUCAGAAUCGUCUCAAUUUGCUUAUGUCACUUUCAAAGAAGCGCAGGGUGCAGACACAGCAAUGCUCCUCUCGGGUGCUACAAUUGCUGAUCUUUGUGUCAGCAUAACACCAGUUGAUGAUUACCAGCUCCCCCCAGAAGCUCUUCCCUCCACACCAGAGAAGAGCCAAACCAUUGGUGGCGAUGCCAUCAAAAAGGCUGAGGACGUGGUGAGCUCGAUGCUCGCGCGGGGCUUCGUCCUCGGGAAGGACGCGAUUGCGAGGGCCAAGGCCCUCGACGAGCAGCACAACUUGACGUCCAGCGCGUCCGCCACGGUCGCCUCGAUCGGCGGCAAGAUCGGCCUGGGUGAGAAGCUAGGCGCCGGGACCACAAUAGUGGCGGGCAAGGUGAAAGAGAUGGACGAGCGGUUCCACGUGUCCGAGAUGACGAGGUCGGCGCUCGCGAUUGCCGAGCAGAUCAAGGCGAGCGGCUCGACCGCGGGCUCCGGCAUCAUGAGCAACCGGUACGUGUCGACCGGGGCCGCGUGGGUGUCGAGCGCACUCGGAACGGUCGCCAAGGUAGCCGAGGACGUGAGCAACAUGACUAAGGAAAAGGUUGAGAAGGCUGAGGAGGAUAAGAUGGCUGCGUUGGGCAGGGGAGAGGUUGGGAAGGGAAAUGAUGCUGCUGCCGUUGCUGCUGCUACACAUGUUCAUGUCGAUGGGUCGUCAUCAGGUGGAGCUCCCAUUUUACCAGUUGACUCUAAGGAUGCUAAACUUGAGGUGUGAGGAAUCUGUCUUUUCACUUGUGUUCAUGGGAUUUCCAUCACUUGUUGUAUAGACUGUACCGUCGUUUAACACAGAAUAUCUGUACCUGGUUUCUCUUAUUCUUUUGGGUUGUGUAUGGUUUA